AUGCAGGACCCUUCGUUGUUCUCCCCAGCAUCUUGCUGCUGCCUCUUCUGCCUGCUUGCUCUCCUAGCAACGACCCACUUGACAAUGAGUGUGAAAACCAUGGACAUAAUCAACCUAACCUGCGAAAAGUGCUCGCGAGAAUCCCCUGUCUUUAACUGUACCUUCUGUUCGGAGUCUCUCCAAGCCGUCCCGGUGAGCCAUUUCACUAACCUCCAAGGCCUAGGAAUCAUUUCCAUGGAGCUAGCCCUGUUAAAUGCAUCCACCACCAUCUCAAGCAUAGAGAAAAUGCUAAGGAAUGGGAGUCUUGACCCUUUUCAGUUGGGUUGCUUGAGGGAUUGCAAGGAUCUUUACUUGGAUGCAUCGAAGACGCUGGUUGAUGCAACUGGGGCUUUCAUGGUGGGGCACUAUGGGAUUGCUAACAUGCAGGUGAAUGCAGCCAUGGAAGCAGCAACGACAUGUGAGGAUGGGUUUGAAGAGAGAGAAGGAGAAGCUUGUCCACUGACAAGGGAGAAUUAUGACCUAUUUCAGCUGUGUGAUAUUGCUCUAUGCAUCAUUCGCUCGCUUUCUUUGAGUUUUCCUUCUUAA